CGAAACCUACUUUCACUUUUGGUGCAUUGGAACUCUUUAACGUUGAAGUCAAGAAAAGUAAACAACAUGGCGACUUCCAGUGGACACGAACUCAACGUUGAGAUUAGUUUCGAGAACACUAAAAAGGGCAAAAGUUUGAUAGCAAAACAGAAUUUUGAAGAAGGAGAUGUUUUAUUUGAAGAGAGACCUCUUAUCAGUUCUCAGUUUCUCUGGAAUGAGUUUUACAAAUACAAGGCAUGUGAAUACUGUCUACGCUCACUGGAGACUGCAGAAAAGCAGAGUCAACGAUUGACAGAAAACGAAGCACUGACAUUACCCUACCCUGAAUGUGAUGAAACAGACCCUUCACAGUAUUCUGCUUGUCCGCAGUGUCAGGUGACCUACUGCUGUCCUGAUUGUCAGAAGAGAGCGUGGCAGGAGUACCACCAGACCCUGUGUAUGGGAUCAUCCAGGGAUGACGAGAACCACCCUCUAAAUAAACUACAGGACAUGUGGAGAAACAUUCACUUCCCACCAGAGACCUGUAGUAUAAUGCUUAUAGCAAAGAUGAUAGCAAAGGUUAAACAGAGUGAAGACAAAUCAGACAUUUUGGAGAAGUUUUCUCGCUUUGUAAAAACAACUGUGAAUGAAGAAGAAGCACUUGUUCAUAAAAUGAUGGGGGACAAAUUUCAAGAACCGCUUGAGAUGCUGCGACAACAGAUGACAGAGAUUCUAUUUCAUGAUUCUCUUCAACAUUGGUUUACACCAGAGGGUUUUCGGUCCUUGUUUGCACUGAUUGGCAGGAAUGGUCAGGGAAUAGGAUCAAGUUCAAUUAGCUCAUGGGUAAAAAAUUGUGAAAAAUUGGAUAUGUCUGAGGAAAAGAAAGAAGAACUGGAUGAGUUUAUUGAUAAGCUGUAUGAAGAAUUAGAAAAAGUGUCUGGAGCAUUCUUGGAUUGUGAGGGUUCAGGACUUUACCUUCUACAGAGUACUUGUAACCACAGCUGCCAGCCAAACGCUGAGAUCACCUUCCCCUACAAUAACAACAUCAUGUCAGUAGUGGCAAAGGAAAGGAUUACCUCAGGUCAGGAGAUCUGUAUUGGUUAUCUGAGUGAGUGUGAUUUAUCAAGAAGCCGACACAGUCGACAGAAAAUUCUUAAAGAAAAUUACCUUUUCAUUUGUGAAUGCCCAAAGUGUUUAAGUGAGGCAGAUGACCCGGAUGUGACGUCAUCAGAAGACGAAGAAGACAUGGAGGAAGAUCAGUAAAGGAAGCAAGAAAAUGUCAAAAUAUACAAUGUACUUUCAAAGACAAUUUUAAAUAAUGUUUAUUAAUAAAAUCAUUAUCUAGUCA